AUGUGGAGGAGAAAAUUGCUGCGCUUUGUGGUCGCAGCUUGUCUUGUGACCAGUUUUACGAUCUUCCUCUGGCCUGAGAUCGAACCUCACCACGAAAUCACGACUCAGACGAUCUCAAAUAUCACCAUUACCUCCGAAGUCGAAUGCGAACCCGACUUCGAUGCCCUCCAACGCCUCGACGUUCGCAAGCUCUCUCAAUAUGUCCGCCGUGAAAUUGUCGCUUCUCCUUCCUCGAGUGACGUCGUUCCCAUCGCACAAAAACUCGAAGUGCCUCUUUUCGAAAAAAUCCACAAGGACCAUCGGUUUGCGGAAGAUAGCAUGCAUCAGGAUGAUUGCUUAAUGCCUCGUCCUGUUUCUGUCUCUGUACCUGCGAUCUUACCAAGGGCGGACGCAUCCCACAUUGACUUCGGCGUUGCUACAACAUUGGGGCGUCUGAACGAGUCGCUAGACGCAUUCACCCACUGGGCUGGACAUACGAACGCUCGCAUCUUGGCACUCAUCGAGCCAGAUGCACGGAUCAAUGAAGUCCUCACUAAGGCGGAGAACUUAGGUGUUAACCUCUCGAUAACCGAAUCGACUGAAGAAUACCAGCACCGAUACUUCUCGUUAGUGCCACAUUUGGCCAAGAAUCUGCGGCCGCAGACGAGAUGGACCUGUGUCAUCGAUGACGAUACUUUCUUCCCUUCGAUGACGGCGCUGGUACAGGCUCUAUCGAAAUAUGAUGAUUCAGCACAGACCUAUGUUGGUGGGCUAUCGGAAGCGAUGCCCCAAGUCGGAAUCUUCGGUUUGAUGGGUUUCGGAGGCGCUGGCGUCUUCAUGUCUAGACCCCUGAUCGAGCAAAUAGGCCGUAAAGAGGUUUACGAGGAUUGUCAAAAAAUGGAAUCCACGGGAGAUCGCAAGAUAUCCCUCUGCAUCUACCAGUAUUCGGAUGCCCAUUUGACUAUUGAUCACCGCCUGCGACAGAUCGAUAUGAGGGGUGAUGUAUCUGGUUUCUUUGAGGCUGCUCGACCCCCGCCGCUCUCCGUUCAUCACUGGAAGUCGUGGUUCAAUGCCGACAUGGCCAAGCUGGGUGUUGUCAGUGAGGUCUGUGGCGACUCGUGUCUUUUGCGAAAAUGGCACUUCGGCGACGGCUGGAUCCUCACCAACGGCUUCUCUAUCGUCAAGUACAGCAAUGACGUCCCCACGGGCGACAAGUCGAUGGAGCUCACAUGGGCCGGCGACAAUGGCGCAGUCUUUGAGUCCUUCUUGCAUGAACUUGGCCCACUCCGACCAAAGGAUGAAGGCAAGAUCAGCUAUAUCCACGAAGAUGCAAUUGUCGAUGGCAACCAGGUCCGCCAAUGGUACAUCCGUCGGGACCCUGAGCUCGGUGAUAAGGUUCUGGAAUUAAUCUGGCGAAAAGAGUAG